AUGACCGUCCCCGUGGUUUUGGCAACCGUUGCCGCGUGCGGCAGUCUCGUGACCUCGCUCAAGUCGGGCUGGGAACUGCGGCGGAUGAUCCAGAGGAAGCAAGAGGAAAGGGAGUGCGACGAGGAGGCCCCCUACGUCUUCCGGAGGUUGCGAAGAGCAUACUAUGAGGGCCUUAUGAACAGCGCCGAGUAUGAGCACUGGUACGAGAAGUUCCUGCUGGCCAAGGUCGAGAAAGACUUGGCCGCCAUGCGUAAGAUCCGCGCGCACCUGAGGAUUCUGGAGAACGGGGCCCCGGUGGCACCUAACCAGCGAUCGAGAGACAUGGGGCAGGGCAGGCGGCGAUACUCCGUCUCGUACGCCGACAGCCCGCCAUACGUUGACUUUCCGCAGACUAGGGCCAGCCUCGAAUACUACCCGGAUCGGCGCGCCAAUGUCGGGGCGCGGCCGGAUCAGUUCGUCCGCCUCGACCGGCUGGAAACAUACAGCCGCGCCUCAUCCGAGGCUUCGUCGUCCAGAGGGCGGAGCCGGAGCACCUCGGUGCGGCACGAAUCCAGGGGCCGGUCGGCGAGACGGUACGACAGCUACGACAGCGGCAGCGAUAGCAGCGACUACUAUGCGGAGAGGCGGCACAGGCGCGGUAGGAGCUUGAAUCGGUAG